UUGGAGAAGAUCGUAUAUUUAUUUAUUGUAAAAUAGUUGUAUAUAUUUCAAUUGUGUUUGUUGUGUCUAUUUUAACUGCAUUUGAAUUAAUUACAUCAAAAUGGAAACAAAUGAAUUGCAGAACUUAUUAAACUACAACAAUUCUUUUCCGAAUGUCAUGGAAAAUCUUCAUAAACCCUUGUUAGAUGCCAUUGAAAACAAGAAUUUUCGGAACUUUAAACAGAUCAUAGAAGAAAAUUUGAAAAAGCACCCAGCCAUUGCUUUAACAAUUGUCAAAUAUGUCAACCCAAACACGGGAGAUACAUAUCUCGAUAUAGUCAGUAGAGAGGGCCUAAUAGAAUUUGUGGAGUUUUUACUGUGUAAAGGAGCAGAAAUCAACAGAGUGAACGAAAUGUAUAAUUGUGCUCCUAUUCAUUUCGCUGCUAAAAGCGGACACGUAGAUACAUUGAAAAUUUUGUUAGCGCAACCUACAAUAAAUGUAGAUUUGGAAGUGGAACAGCAAAGUGCUCUACAUAUUGCGGUGGAAAACGAUAAUCUGAAAUGUGCCGAUUUACUAUUGGAGAAGGGCGCUAAUAUUAAUAUUCUUAACAAUAAAAACCUAACAGCUCUUCAUCUGGCAGUAAUGAAGAAUCAACGCGACAUGGUGAAGAUGAUGCUGGAUAAAUACAUGCACCGCCUACAAAUUGACAGAUAUAAAGAUUACAAUGGUCAAACAACGCGAGAGAUAAUCAAACAGAAGUUGCCAGAACUAAAAGAAGAAUUGGCACAAAAGUUACCCUUCAAAAAUGAAAACUGGGAAGUAAAUAUGCAAGACCUCAAGUACUAUUUAAACAACAGAGACGAGACAAAUUUUUUAAAAUGUAUGGAGAUAGUCCAAGGAGAGAUUUCUUCUGAUAUUGCAGAAAAUUUGUUAACAAAAUCUAUACAAUACAAUUUCCAACAAGCUGUGAUAGCAAUUCUAAAUAAAUUUAAAGGAAAGCAUUUUAAUGUAAGGAAAUCUAUACGUGAGGCUAUUCAAAACGGUCAUUAUGAUAUUCUUAAUGAAUUACUAAAAGUGGAACCUUUGAUCAAUGACUUGCUUCUGAGUGUUUGCCAGGAAUUGGGAAUGCCAGAUAAACAAGGAAACGACAAUUUGCUGAAGUGUCUGGAGUUGAUUCUGGAGCAGAAUAAUGUGAAUGUCCGUAGCACUGACAAGAAAGGUAAUACACCGUUGCAUUAUGCGGCCAGGGCAGAUAAUUGUAAAGCGAUGAGCCUGCUCCUCAAACAAGGUAGUUACAUUGGACAUAUGAACAAGUUCAACGUGCCACCUAUCGUAGAUAUUCCCAUGUGCACGUUGUUAAACUACUUCAACGACUGUUUGAAAAUGAUAAAGGAUCAGACAAACAAAUAUGUAAUUGAGUUCGAUUAUCGUUGCUUGAUGCCGCAUGUUUUCACGAAGCAGGAUACAACUCAGCAACCAACUCGUGAAACGGAAAUAUUCCUAUACAUCGCUCGUAACAAAAGUCUCAAACAUCUGUUGAAGCAUCCAUUGCUCUCGUCCUUUCUAUAUCUUAAAUGGCUCAAGAUACGGCAUGUCUUAUACGCAAAUUUUAUAUUUUAUGGGACUUUUUGCGUUUUGCUGAAUGCCUAUAUCCUGAGCAUGACUUAUGAAAGUCUUCCAAAAGAAAAAAAAACACAAAUAGUCAAUAACGGUCUUGAUAUUGUUUACGAAAAUAUUCUCUACUAUCCGGAUGUCAGUUUUCUACAGAUCUCCGUUAUCAUAUUAUGGUUAGUUUUCACUCUUCGGGAAAUUUUUCAAUGCGCCUGCUGUCCUUGUCGUUAUGUAAUGGAUUGGGUUAAUUGGCUACAAAUUAUGUUAAUCAUUUUCAUCGUUAUUUUCUUGUAUGAUGUGUCAAUAUGGAGUGGCGUUAUGGUAAUCAUACUGUCUGCUUUGGUGCUGGUAGUUCUGAUCGGCCAACAUCCGAAAAUGUCCGCCAGCUUUGAAAUGUUCCAGACGGUUUCUCUCAAUUAUGUGUACUUACUUUUCCCAUAUAUAUUUCUCAUUGUCGCGUUUGCUCUGGCCUUUCAUACACUUUUUAAAAACAAUGCGAAUUUUUCCGGUCUCGGAUUCUCACUCUUUAAAACUAUCAUUAUGAUCACAGGCGAAUUUAAUUCCAAUGAUAUUCCUUUCGAUUCAUAUCCUGUUUGGAGCCACGUUGUGUUCUUAUUGUUCGUCUUUCUCAUCGCCAUUGUACUUUUUAAUCUGCUUAAUGGUCUAGCGGUCAGUGAUACCAAUAAAAUCCUAUCCAAAGCUGAAUUGUUCGGACUUAUCUCCCGAAUACGUCUGAUUAUUUAUCUCGAAGACAUAGCAUUCGGCGAACCAUUCAAUUGGUUCAACUGUGAAAAUUCGCGAUUUUUACGAUGGAAACCUUUUGCCUUUCUCAUCAACAGAAUUCUUUUGUUUCCGCAUUAUUUGAAAAAUAAUAAGAUAACUGUUAUUUAUGAUAAUUUGGACGCUUACAAUGAUAAAUAUUACGUUCACAGUAAUUCGAUAAAUCGUGUCGAACAUUGGCCUAUUUUGGAAAUGGAUCCGAAUAUAAUUAAACAAGCUAAACGUAUUAUUUUUGAUAAAAAUCAACUAUCAGAUAAUGAAAAGAUACUGAUUGCUUUGAAAAAGCAAGAAGAAAAGUUAAUCGCAAUGGAGAUCGCUUUAAGAAAACUCAAUCCAAUUUAA